AGCGCGAUGAUGGCAAUAGGCAGGCAUAGGCGCUUGCGCAACAGGGUGGCCGCUCCCGACCGCGUGCGGCGCGAACAACGGCGCAGGCGCUGAGGCUCGGGCCGUUGGCCCGCAUACUACGGAGCAUGCGUAUCAACUACAGGGGCCCCACACCUGUUGGUGUUCAGAUGGAGCAGUCCACUAGUCACCCGCCAGACGGAAAAGCCAAAGAGGAAGGUAAUGCUGCGCCUCUUUGUCGAGCAAAACCCUCCCCCAGCUACAUUAAUCUUCAAGCAAGUUCCCCCCCAGCCGCUUUCCUGAACAUCGAGACCACACAGCUUCCCUCAGGAGCUGACCACCAGCCCAAGGAAUGCCUGGGACUCCUAGAGAGCAUGUAUGCCAACCUGCAGCUUCAGACCCAGCUUGCUCAGCGACAAAUGGCUAUUUUGGAAAACUUACAAGCAUCCAUGACACAGCUGGCUCCUGGGAGGGAAAGCAAGAAUUCCUCCCUGCCAGCCUUAUAUCGUAAUCUGCUGUGAAAUCACCUACCCAGUUCAGUAAAUGAAUUGUGGAGCAAAGUUACUGGCCGGGGAGCCCUGACCAGGAUGCCAGAGCCAGGCUGCUUGGACACGCCAGGACCAGGACCCUCAGUCAGGUGCGUCCCAGGCCGCGGAGGGUGUCAGCUCCGCCCGCUGAGCCUACUGAGGUGAGGAAGGAGGGGCACA